AUGACGGGCAUUUCCAUGGACCACAAAAAAGAGUAUGAAAAAUUUGUGAGCAGGGAUACAAAAUGCAUCGAGGAAAGCAUUGGUGAGUGGGAAAAUGAUGCCUUCCGGCAUGUUGCUAAAGAGAGAGCCGCAUCGGAAUAUCAAGCAAUGAACAAACUCCUGCACUAUCGUGAAGCAUGGAUGAUACAGAACACUAUGGUUUUGGAAAUAAACUUGGUUAGGAAAGGAUUUAAUUGUUUGCUAUCUUAUGAUGAUCAAAGUGAAUUCCUCAAGAAACCUAUCAAGAAACCUACCAAAAAUAUUGAGUAUUGCUCAAUGAAAAAUAAUUAA